CCCUCGCCGCGCCGCUCACCGCGGUGCUAGCACUGACGUGUCUCUGCGCGGAGGUGCUGCGCUCCCCAGCAGGCUGGGCCGCGGGCAGCGUCGCCUCCCUCCGAGCGGAGCGCAGUAGAAGCGGGACGCGGAGCCCGAGCAGCAGCCGCCAUGGCGAUCAAAUUUCUGGAAGUCAUCAAGCCCUUCUGUGUCAUCCUGCCGGAAAUUCAAAAGCCGGAGAGGAAGAUUCAGUUUAAGGAGAAAGUGCUGUGGACCGCUAUCACCCUCUUUAUCUUCUUAGUGUGCUGUCAGAUCCCUCUCUUCGGUAUCAUGUCUUCAGAUUCAGCCGACCCCUUCUACUGGAUGAGAGUGAUUCUAGCCUCCAACAGAGGCACACUGAUGGAGCUGGGUAUCUCUCCCAUCGUCACUUCUGGCCUCAUCAUGCAGCUCUUGGCUGGUGCCAAAAUAAUUGAAGUUGGUGACACCCCGAAAGACCGAGCUCUUUUCAAUGGAGCCCAGAAGUUGUUUGGCAUGAUCAUCACCAUUGGCCAGUCUAUCGUGUACGUGAUGACGGGAAUGUACGGCGACCCUUCUGAAAUGGGGGCUGGAAUCUGCCUGUUAAUCACCAUACAGCUUUUUGUUGCUGGCUUAAUUGUCCUCCUUUUGGAUGAACUUCUGCAAAAAGGGUAUGGCCUGGGCUCUGGCAUCUCCCUCUUCAUUGCCACGAACAUCUGCGAGACUAUCGUUUGGAAGGCAUUCAGCCCCACCACUGUCAACACCGGCCGAGGAAUGGAAUUUGAAGGGGCCAUCAUCGCGUUGUUCCACCUGCUGGCCACGCGUACCGACAAGGUCCGUGCCCUUCGUGAGGCAUUCUACCGCCAGAACCUCCCCAACCUCAUGAACCUCAUCGCCACCAUCUUCGUCUUCGCGGUGGUUAUCUACUUCCAGGGCUUCCGAGUGGACCUGCCCAUCAAGUCAGCCCGGUACCGAGGCCAGUACAACACCUACCCCAUCAAGCUUUUCUACACGUCCAACAUCCCCAUCAUCCUGCAGUCUGCCCUGGUAUCCAACCUGUAUGUCAUCUCCCAGAUGUUGUCUGCCCGCUUCAGUGGCAACCUGCUGGUCAGCCUGCUGGGCACCUGGUCUGAUACUUCCUCCGGGGGCCCGGCACGUGCUUAUCCAGUUGGUGGCCUUUGCUAUUACCUGUCCCCCCCAGAGUCUUUUGGCUCUGUGUUGGAAGACCCCGUCCAUGCCGUUGUGUACAUAGUGUUCAUGUUGGGCUCGUGCGCUUUCUUCUCUAAGACCUGGAUUGAGGUCUCGGGCUCCUCUGCGAAAGAUGUUGCAAAGCAGCUGAAAGAGCAGCAGAUGGUGAUGAGAGGCCACCGAGAGACAUCCAUGGUCCAUGAGCUCAACCGGUAUAUCCCCACCGCCGCGGCCUUCGGGGGGCUGUGCAUUGGGGCCCUCUCUGUGCUUGCUGACUUCCUGGGCGCCAUCGGGUCUGGAACCGGGAUCCUGCUUGCUGUCACGAUCAUCUACCAAUACUUUGAAAUCUUCGUCAAGGAGCAGAGCGAGGUUGGCAGCAUGGGGGCGCUUCUGUUCUGAGCCGGGUCUCCCUGGAGCAGAGGCGGCUCCAGCGUAGCAGGGGCUGGAGCAGCGGCCCCUCGCUGUGGGAUUGCUCGUCCCAGGGAGCACGCUGUGGCGUACAGACUGCCUCUUAGUAUUUGUUUUGAGUUCCAUAUUCUUUCAUUCCACUUUGUAAAGUGCUAGACAUUUUCCAAUUUGAAAUUUUCCUUUCCUUCUGGCAUUGGCAAGAGGAUUGCAAAAGUGAGAUUUUAUUCAGUACCUGCCAGAGGCGGGGAUGGUAAAUGUCCCCCAGCAUCCAUGUAACUUUUGUUUUAACAUUUGUACCUUCUCAGUGCCCUAAGUGGCCGCUCUGGCCUCCGCUGUUUCCCCAGGCAGGGGAUGUCCUGUUAGAAGCACAAACACUGUUGAAACAUCUACUUUUGGUCCCAGUGGUAGGGCUUGAGGCUGGGAGCACCCGUGCGUUUCCUGGUAGAUGCGGGUGACUCGCUCACGGGGCCCCCUCCCAGUCAGGAGUAGGAAUAUCCGGCUUAAAACUGUUUUCUCUGGAAGACACAGUUGUUUUCCCUUUUAUAAGUAUUUUUAGGACAGCUUUUUCCAAAAGAGAGGGAGACAUUUCAGAAGGCACUCGGGCCAUCUGUUAUUUUUUCUGCCUGUGCCUCUUGGCUGUGCUCAUUGACUGUUGAAGUGAUGUCUGCCUGUCCAUGUCUCCUGGGCGUCACUGACACACCUCCCACAGUUCACUCACUCCUCCCUCUUGCCCCUAGAGAGGGAGGCCCUGGGGCAGGCGCUCAGACUUGAAGGACAGCACAGUGGCGGUACAGGCCACUGUUACCUUCAGGUGAAAAUGUCCCACUUAUAUUUUUAGAACUUUUUUAUCAUGCUUAGGACCAAAUGCAGGUAAAGUAAAUGACAAGAUGACACCUAUCUCCUCUCAGCUUCCACUAGAACUGCCCAGCAGAGAGGAGGGUGCAGGCCUGAGAUCUGUGGUAAAAUGAGGGUCAGAGAAUUAGUUUGUUGGGUAGGUUGCUCCAUAAUUUGAUAUAAAAAGACUCACAGUUAUGUCUGAAAUAAGUUUUGUCCGCAAUAGCGGGUGAUUUAGAUCUUAGGAAUGAGAACUUUCCUGUGGCCCUCAGGCCCCUCUCGGGACAGGCAGUGCAUGGUGGCUGGAAGCAGAGUGGGCAUCACGAACGGGGGGAUUCCUGCUGGAGGGUGCCCCAGUUCUGAGGGAGUUUGGGGCUGACAGCAGCCCCCUGCACAGACACCUGCCCCAGCAGGCACGGCCUCCAAAGCAGAGCCGGGUCACCACCUCAGCACCUGAGUCAGGAGAGCCCCUAGGGGGCCACACUGGCAGCACAGAGUGAAACAGACCAGCCCAAGGACCAGAAGCAGCUUGCCCAGAGCCACCCGGUGGGCAGUGGCAGAAUCAGGAUGGGCCUGGCAGGCUGCGGCCCCCAGUCCAGGGCACACCGUCAUAUCACACACGUGGCCUUGUCAGACCCAGUCCUGAGCAGAGACCUGGUGCCUCCCCAACACAUGGUCUAUUCAGCCCCAAACCACUCUGGGCCCUGCGUGGCUCGGGGUCCUGGUCAGUAGUCAUGGUGGGGGCUGACCCUGGCUUCCAGGGGACUGUCACUGUGGAUGCCAAAACGGCAUAAUUGAGAUAAGGUAAAUACGUGACUAAUAAAGCCAACUUUUUACAAG